CUGGAUGAGCAAUAUAAGCAAAAAAGGCGAGUGGUGAGCGUUUUAAUACAACUCCGCGUUUGCUUUUGAGGGCAUAUUUAUCGCAUAUUUUUUCUUGAAUGAAAAACCUCACGCUUGUGGCAGCAAAUCGACGCGAUUACGUAUAUGCUGCUGGCUUGCUGCGAGUGCAGAAAAAUUUCCAUCGAUCGCAACGGCUGGAGGAAAACCAGCUACUUCACCUGCUGAUAGGCGCGAUGCAGAACUCCUUCUCAUUUCCCGCGGCCCCAAACCCGGCGGUUAACGAAAAAUAUCGACGGAAGUACCGUAGGCUCAAGCGGAUCAUGAAGAAUCUCGUCUUUGAAAAUGCUGCGCUCUGUGAUCACGUUGCCCAGAUCCAGGAGAAUAUUUUGCUGGUGAAAGAGGAGCGACGGUAUCUGCUGAAAAAGCUGCUGGAACACGAGAAUGAUAUGGAGACGCAAAUGGGAAGGCCAUGUAGUAAAUUGAAUGAAUUGAUAGCCAAUAGCUUACCUCCAAAACGACAGUACAAAAAGCGAACUGUAACCGAUGGUAGUGCUGCCGAUUCAGCGACCAAAGGAAAGGGUCAAACUAGAAAAGGUAGGGCCAAUGCUAGUGCAACCGCUACCGAUAAGAGUUCCGCCAAGAAGAAUAUGUCACUGAGCCAAUUAGGCCAUCCGACUUACCCAAUGACAGUGGCCGGAUUCACUAUUUAUAAUCUAGGUGAAAUUGUGGCCGAUCGACCCAGGUACAAUACCGAAUAUACGAUCUAUCCAUCAGGCUAUACGGUUACCCGCCCUUACGGUCACCUGAAGGAUCCCUUGAAGAAAUGCAUUUACACGUGCCGUGUCCUGAACAAUGGCGAUUCUCCACGGUUUGAAAUUAUUCCGGAAAACGAUACCGAGCUCACCAUAACGGGGAACUCGACCGAUGCGUGCCACUCUACCCUGCUUCAGUGUAUCAAUGCGUCGCUCGAUUGCCGCAACAUCGACGGGAGGCCGUCCGGGGAUUGGUUCUUCGGGUUGUCGCACCCGACCAUAUGCAGUUUGCUGCAAAGUUUUCCCAGCUCGAAACGAUGCGUCAACUACAAGGGCAUCAAGAAGGAAAAUUUCGCCAACAUGGACAAGGAGAACGAUCCGACGUUGAACUAUGACGCACUGCAGAGGCACAUAACGAUUUCGGCGUACCAUACGAUGCCGGAGAUCAAGGAGGAACCGCCGGACGAGCUACUGGACCAUUCCGAUGGGAAUUCGUUCAGUUUAUCUUAGGGAUGCCAUGGCGAUUAGCUAACUGAUAUAAUCUGAGUUGAAUGUAUUGACGAGCGUAUGCGAGUGAAUAAAGAGAAGACUUUUAUGUAUGAAAUAU